CAAUAUUUUUGAAAUACACUUUGCAGUGUAUUUGUUUGUAGACCGGUCUAUAUCGAAGUGAAGAACCUGAAUCUUCAAAGUGGUGUGAUUGGAAAGUUGGUGAUCAGCGAAAUCGCUGAUCGAUAUUUGAUCGAACCAUGGUCGUGACUAGAACUUACGACGUAAGAUGAGUAGCAACAAAAAAUCCAUUGUCAAGGACGACAAAAAAAGCUCUUCGAGCAAAGAAGAGAGUCCGGCGGGCGCUAAAGAUGAUGGAGGUUCGGGUUCGACAGGAAGCAAUGGAGUGGUUAGUGGAGAACCAUCGCAGCCAGGAAGCAAGCCUGGAUCUGCCGGAGCAACUACGAGAGAAGGUGCCCAAAGGCUGCUGGGCCUUGCCUCCAGAGGAGAAUGGUCACCCGUGGACCAGUUGCUCAAAUCUCUGGAGAAGGUGGCACAGAAUGCGAGCGAGGAUGGAAACCCUCAGCCCCUGGCUGGUGUCAUGGACCCGGCUACUAAUAUGACACCCUUGAUGUAUGCCGUAAAGGACAACCGUACAGCAUUUUUGGACAGAAUGAUCGAUCUUGGUGCUGAUAUUGGAGCUAGGAAUAAUGAUAAUUAUAAUGUGCUUCAUAUCGCUGCUAUGUAUUCUCGAGAAGAUGUUGUCAAACUAAUUUUGUCAAAAAAAGGCGUAGAUCCUUACGUUACUGGUGGGCCGAGGCAUCAAACAGCCGUACAUCUUGUCGCCUCCAGGCAAACGGGAACAGCCACUUCCAUACUUCGGGCUUUAUUAGGUGCAGCUGGACGAGACAUAAGACUUAAAGUUGAUGGGCGUGGAAAAAUUCCACUUCUUCUCGCGGUUGAAGCAGGUAACCAGUCUAUGUGUCGAGAACUUUUGGCUCAACAGGCGCCAGAUCAACUUCGUGCCACAACACCUGCAGGAGAUUCAGCUUUACAUCUGGCCGCUAGAAGGAGAGACGUAGACAUGGUCAGAAUUCUUGUGGAUUAUGGAGCUUUAGUGGACAUGCAGAAUGGGGAAGGGCAGACUUCCCUUCACAUCGCGAGUGCUGAAGGUGACGAAACACUUGUAAAGUAUUUCUAUGGAGUCAGGGCUUCUGCUUCAACAGCCGAUCAUCAGGACCGUACACCUAUGCACUUGGCAGCUGAGAACGGUCAUGCUUCCAUUAUCGAACUGCUUGCCGAUAAAUUUAAAGCAAGCAUUUUUGAGAGAACCAAAGAUGGUUCUACGUUAAUGCACAUCGCCUCUUUGAACGGUCAUUCUGAAUGUGCCACCAUGUUGUUCAAGAAAGGUGUGUAUCUUCACAUGCCGAAUAAAAGGGGUGCGAGGUCUAUUCAUACUGCAGCGCGGUACGGACAUGUAGGAAUCAUCAGUACUUUACUUCAACGUGGGGAAAAGGUUGACGCCACCACGAACGACAAUUACACCGCUUUGCAUAUAGCUGUGGAGAGCGCAAAGCCUGCCGUUGUCGAGACUCUGUUGGGUUACGGUGCAGAGGUGCACGUCAGAGGUGGGAAACUACGUGAGACUCCACUUCACAUAGCAUCUAGGGUCCCGGAUGGCGACAGGUGUGCGCUGAUGUUGCUCAAAUCUGGCGCUGGUCCUAAUUUAUCAACCGAUGAUGGACAAACGCCAGUUCAUAUUGCAGCGAGUCACGGAAAUUUAGCUACUCUCAAACUUCUGUUAGAUGAUGGUGGAGAUCCCAUGUGGAAAUCUAAAAGUGGAGAAACUCCUUUGCAUCUAGCAUGCAGAGGUUGCAGAGCAGACGUAGUCCGUCAUCUAAUUGAAUUCGUUAAAGACAAAAAAGGUCAAGAUUUAGCGACAGGUUACGUCAAUAGCCUAACUAAUGAAGGUGCUAGUGCUCUUCAUUACGGUGCUCAAAUUGAGCCUCCAGAAGUAGUGACUCCCGGAGAUGACCGAGCAGUUGUUCGAGCUCUUCUAGAAAGUGGUGCUGAUGUUUCUCUGCAAACGAAACAAGCACAAGACACAGCUUUUCAUUACUGUGCUGCAGCAGGAAACAACGAAGUACUUUCGGAAAUGAUCACCGGUAUGUCAGCGACGGAAGUUCAAAAAGCCUUAAACAAACAGAAUGCAGUGGGUUGGACACCUUUGUUAAUAGCUUCACAUCGAGGGCACAUGGAGCUUGUUUCAAACCUCUUAGCUAAUCAUGCGAGGGUUGACGUAUUUGAUUUAGAAGGUAGAUCAGCUCUUCACCUAGCAUCUGAGCGUGGAUACAUCCAAGUCUGCGACGCCUUGUUAGCAAAUAAAGCGUUCAUUAACUCAAAAUCCCGUGUUGGGAGAACAGCUCUCCACCUGGCUGCGAUGAAUGGUUAUACGCACCUUGUGAAAUUUUUAGUACAAGAUCAUGGUGCAGCGAUAGAUGUGCUAACACUUAAGAAACAGACUCCUCUUCAUUUGGCUGCUGGCGCCGGUCAGUUGGAGGUGUGCAAACUGUUGCUUGAACUGGGCGCCAGCAUAGAUGCAACCGAUGAUCAGGGCCAGAAGCCAAUUCAUGCAGCUGCGAUGAACAACUAUGCAGAAGUUGCUCAACUCUUUCUGCAGAGGCACCCAAGUUUAGUAAUGGCAUGUACUAAGGACGGAAACACGUGUGCACAUAUUGCGGCUAUGCAAGGAAGUGUUAGAGUGAUAGAAGAAUUGAUGAAGUUUGAUAGGCAAGGUGUUAUUUCUGCUAGAAAUAAAUUAACAGAAGCUACGCCACUACAAUUGGCUGCCGAAGGUGGUCAUGCUGAGGUUGUAAAGGCUUUGGUCAGAGCAGGAGCUUCUUGUGCUGAUGAAAAUAGAUCUGGUUUCACUGCAGUUCAUCUUGCAGCUCAACAUGGACAUGGUCAAGUCCUAGAAGUUAUGAGGUCUUCCCAGUCCCUUAGAAUCUCUAGCAAGAAGCUUGGUGUGACGGCUCUUCACGUGGCUGCAUACUUCGGUCAAGCAGAUACCGUCAGAGAGUUACUGACCCAUGUGCCAGGAACUGUAAAGUCUGAUCCUCCUACUGGAGGAUCAUUGGUAGGCGAGUUAGGAAGUGAAUCCGGAAUGACACCUCUUCACCUUGCGGCUUAUUCAGGAAACGAAAACGUCGUUCGAUUACUGUUAAACUCUGCAGGCGUUCAGGUAGAUGCAGCGACGUUUGAAAAUGGCUUCAACCCCCUUCACCUAGCAUGUUUUGGAGGCCACAUCACAGUAGUUGGUCUUCUCCUCAGUAGGUCUGCAGAACUGUUGCAUAGUGCUGAUCGUUACGGAAAGACGGGACUGCACAUCGCGGCUACUCACGGCCAUUACCAGAUGGUCGAAGUCCUGCUGGGUCAAGGUGCAGAGAUAAACGCCACAGAUAAAAACGGCUGGACGCCUUUGCAUUGCGCUGCACGAGCAGGUUACCUCGACGUCGUUAAACUCUUAGUGGAAAGUGGAGCAUCUCCUAAAAAUGAAACAAACCUUGGAAGUGCUCCCAUCUGGUUUGCAGCUUCCGAAGGCCACAACGAUGUCCUUAAGUAUCUCAUGGAAAAAGAGCAUGACACCUACACACUAAUGGAAGACAAGAGGUUCGUCUAUAAUAUGAUGAUAUGCAGUAAGAGUCACAACAACAAGCCGAUAGAGGAAUUUGUACUAGUUUCACCUGCACCAGUCGAUACAGCAGCAAAAUUAUCCAACAUUUACAUGAAAUUAUCCGAGAAAGAAAAAGAGAGAGCAAAAGAUCUAAUAGCUGCUGGGAAACAGUGCGAAACCAUGGCCACAGAACUACUGGCUCUUGCAGCUGGUGCAGAUUCUGCUGGGAGAAUUUUAACAUCCAUGGAUCGAAGGAACGUCGAGUUUUUAGACGUACUGAUUGAAAAUGAACAAAAGGAGGUGAUUGCUCAUACUGUAGUUCAAAGGUACCUCCAAGAACUUUGGCGAGGUAGUCUGAACUGGAAUGCCUUUCGGACAAUGUUACUCUUCAUCACCUUUCUAAUUUGCCCGCCAGUGUGGGUGGUGUUUGCUCUACCGCUGGGACACAAAUACAAUAAUGUUCCAAUCAUAAAGUUCAUGUCGUAUUUAACAUCACACAUAUAUCUGAUGGUAUUUUUGCUAUUAGUAGGCAUCACGCCAAUUUAUCCAGUUGUUCGAGAUAAUCUCCUGCCUUACUGGUACGAAUGGUGCCUUUUAGUGAUGCUCUCUGGCUUAUUGCUUUUUGAACUGACGAACCCCAGCGACAAAAGUGGCCUCGGCUGGAUUAAGUUAGCUGUCUUGCUUUUUGGAAUAUUUGGAGUGGCCUUUCAUUUGAUGGGAUUUUUUAUAAUCAAACGACCCGAAUGGCCUACCUUGUUGUACUUAAGGAAUCAGCUUUUUGCCUUAAGUUUUUUACUGGCUUGUGUACAAAUCCUCGACUUCUUGUCAUUCCAUCAUCUUUUUGGUCCCUGGGCUAUCAUCAUUGGUAACCUUAUGAAAGAUCUGGCCAGGUUUUUGGCUGUUUUGGCAAUAUUUGUGUUUGGUUUCUCCAUGCACUUCGUAGCUCUCAAUCAAGCGUUUAAGAACGAGCCUUGGGAUAAGUCAAAGAUGGAAGAUCGGAAGAAGAAAAAUCAUUUUUCGGAUGUGAAGAUGAACCCGUUACUUGCCUUCGAGUACCUCUUCUUCGCGGUCUUCGGUCAAACGACACACAGCGAGCUCAAGGUCGAGACCCAGCAGCCCGAAUGGACCUCUGGUCUAUUCAAACUGGCCUUUGGUGUUUACAUGUUGGUGUCAGUAGUGGUUUUAAUUAAUCUACUUAUUGCUAUGAUGAGUGAUACCUACCAACGGAUACAGGCGCAAUCAGACAUUGAGUGGAAGUAUGGUCUCAGUAAACUGAUUAGAAAUAUGCACAGAACUACCACUGCCCCUUCGCCAUUGAACCUGAUGACAACUUGGAUCGUCUACUUCAUGAAGCAAUGGAAACAACGAGUAGCUAGGAGAAAGCGACCAUCCCUGGUGCAUAUGAUGGGCUUGCAGCGUACAGGAAGGUUGUCUCCUCGUUCUAAGAUGGGUGCUAAGUGGCUCUCCAAAGUUAAGAAGGGUCAAAUUCGUCCCAAAGACAGUAUUGCUCUUUCUGUUGUACAUCUUAGUCCCUUAGGCAGUCAGUUAUCCUUCAACAGCGCAACGAGAAUUGAGAGUGUCGUUGAUUGGGACUCGAUCAGGAAAAAGUACCUUGCUCUCACUGGAAGUGAACCUGAGAAGGACGUUGAGAAGGAAGAAAAGGAAAAUGAUGAAGAAAAUGAGGAGGACAUCGGACCAACGGCUUCCAACGCUUCCACAGUUCCUGCGACCGCCUCGACUCCACCUAUAUAA